GUCUUUUGAAUGAUGAAAUCAAACAAAAAUCAUUAAUGUUGCAAAAGUCUGAUAAAAUGCUUGAAGAGGAAAUUACAAAGAAUGCAAAGUUACAAGAAGAAUUAGCCCAAAAAUUAGAAAU